GAGUAAACGUUUGUUCCCGUCACAGGGCUCGAAGGAGGAUCAGCUGUUCGCAAGAAGGACGAGGCUUCAUUUCCUCGAGCACGCGAAAGGGCGACUGUACCGACGUUACCAACAGCAGUGACGACUGAAAAUGAGGGAGAUCGUGCAUCUACAGGCUGGACAAUGCGGGAAUCAAAUCGGCGCGAAGUUCUGGGAAGUGAUCUCCGAGGAGCAUGGAAUCGAUCAAUCCGGCAUCUAUCACGGGGACAGCGAUCUACAGCUGGAACGAAUCUCCGUCUAUUAUAACGAGGCUUCGGUUGCGACGUCGACAAACGGAGGUAAAUAUGUACCGAGAGCCAUACUGCUGGACCUGGAGCCAGGAACUAUGGACGCGGUACGCUCGGGCGCCUACGGGAAGCUGUUCAGGCCCGACAAUUUCGUCUUCGGUCAAUCCGGAGCGGGCAACAACUGGGCGAAGGGACACUAUACCGAGGGUGCUGAACUGGUGGACUCGGUGCUCGACGUGGUCCGAAAGGAGUGCGAGAACUGCGACUGUCUUCAGGGAUUCCAGUUGACUCAUUCCCUCGGAGGUGGUACCGGUUCCGGUAUGGGCACUCUGCUGAUCUCGAAAAUUCGCGAGGAAUAUCCGGACAGAAUCAUGAACACGUAUUCGGUGAUGCCCUCGCCGAAAGUGUCGGACACGGUUGUCGAACCGUACAACGCAACCCUGUCUGUUCAUCAGUUGGUCGAGAACACGGACGAGACCUACUGUAUCGACAACGAGGCCCUCUACGACAUCUGUUUCCGUACCCUCAAAGUCUCGAAUCCAAGUUACGGGGACCUGAAUCAUCUGGUCUCGUUGACCAUGUCUGGUGUGACGACAUGUCUCAGGUUUCCAGGACAAUUGAACGCGGAUCUGAGAAAACUAGCGGUGAACAUGGUACCGUUUCCACGUUUGCACUUCUUUAUGCCAGGUUUCGCACCGUUAACGUCCAGAUCGAUGCAACAAUACUCCGCGCUCUCGGUGCCGGAACUCACUCAACAGAUGUUCGACGCGAAGAACAUGAUGGCCGCCUGCGAUCCGCGACACGGGCGCUAUCUGACGGUGGCCGCGGUGUUCCGUGGCCGAAUGUCGAUGAAGGAGGUCGACGAGCAAAUGCUCAGCGUCCAGAACAAGAACAGCUCGUACUUCGUCGAAUGGAUACCGAACAACGUGAAAACAGCCGUGUGCGAUAUACCGCCGAAGGGUCUCAAGAUGUCCUCGACCUUCAUCGGCAACACCACCGCCAUUCAGGAGUUGUUCAAAAGAAUCUCCGAGCAAUUCACCGCCAUGUUCCGUAGGAAGGCCUUCCUUCAUUGGUACACCGGCGAGGGCAUGGACGAGAUGGAGUUCACCGAGGCUGAGUCAAACAUGAACGAUUUGGUCUCCGAGUACCAGCAAUACCAGGAAGCCACUGCAGAGGAAGACUUCGAGGCUGAAGAGUGCGCCGAUGACUUCGAGACAUGCGAGCAGGAGUAGACCGACGCAAUUUUUUAUCGAGAAAGAGGAAGAGGGAGAUAGGGGGACGAAGGGAUGAGCAAGAGAGAGAGCGAGAAUCAACCUGCAACGCCAAACGCCAAAGUACCGGAACCAA